CCCUUGUAAAUUCAAAAAUUCAUUCCACUCCUUCGCAAUUCUCACACACACAUUUAAACAGUGGUUUUCUUCGCAGAUUCAAAUCAAAAGGGUUUUUCAUUUUGCAAUCCGUGAAAUGGGAGAGAAUGCUGAGAAAGAUCUUGAUGUGAAAGCAUCAGGUGCUGUCAGCGACGACUGUCUAUCUCAGGGCGAUGAACUCGUGAUCGAUGUUACGUCUUCUUCCACACUUACUGAGGACCGAUCUUCAGGAUCUGUGCAUGAGACAAAUCUUGAGCAAUUAAGAACAACUGAGAUUUAUGCUGAUAAAACAGCAGACAUGGCCCAAUCAAGUGAACAGAUUGAAGAAAUGGCUAAUCUGAAAUCAGGAACAACUGAGCUUGAUGCUGAUAAGACAAUUGAAAUAGCACAACCAAGUGAACAGAUUGAAGAAAUGGCCAAUCUGAAAUCAGGAACAACUGAGCUUGAUGCUGAUAAGACAACUGAAAUAGCACAACCAAGUGAACAGAUUGAAGAAAUGGCUAAUCUGAAAUUAGGAACAACUGAGCCUGUUGCUGAUAAAACAACAGACAUGGCCCACACAAGUGAACAAAUUGAAGAAAUUCCCAAACUGAUUGAAACACAAGAACCUGAAAAGAAAGGAAAGAAUACCAAAUUCAACUUACGCAAAAGUUUAGCUUGGGAUAGUGCCUUUUUCACUAGUGAUGGUGUUCUUGAUGCUGAUGAGCUGUCAACCAUGAUUGAAAGAGGCGAGAAGGGAAUGAAAAAUCAGUUACCAGGAAUCGAAGAGGAAGUAUACAGAUCAAUGGAAUCAAUCUCAACAUUAGAAAGUGAUAGCUUGACACUUGAAUGUCUUGAAGCUGAACUAUUUGAAGACAUUAGAGCUUCAAUCCAGAAAUCCAAUACAAAAUCUAACCUCAAUAAUAACUCAACUAUCAAAGUUCAAUCAGGAAAGAAAGAUUCUCAAGCAAAAAUUAGCAUCUCAAAAAAGGUGUUGGAUCUUGAUUCUGGGAAACGGCCUGCUGCAAGAACCAAAGAUAAUAGCACUUCAUCAAUUCCAAAACCAAAGAUAAUCAGCAAAGUGAGCUCCACAUCAACAUUAACAAAAAGAGCUUCUUUAAGCACCAAUCAAGCAAAGAAAGAUCAAGAUCUUUUAAAACAAGCUCAUGUUACACAUAAAGGGAUCCAAUCAGCAAAGACAACAGCAAAUGGAGUGAUUAAUCCUCGAAGAGGUGUUCCAAAGCCUUCAUUAACUUCCAAAUCAUCAUCAUCAUCAUCAUCAACAUGUAGCAAUUCGAGUAGUUUUUCAGGAAACGAUUCAACUUUUUUGAGAAAAAAAGUUGAUUCCAAAAAUGGUAAUAAGCUUACAGCUGGACCAAUUCCCAAAACACCCUCAAGGAUUAACACAAAGAACAAAGUGCCACCUGUCAAUUCUCGUCUCUCGUUUCAUACAACACUAUCCAACCUUUCUUCAAGUGUAUCACCUGCUAGCUCCAUAGAUUUAUCUUCAGAAUCAUCAUCAUCAACCUCCAUUACUCGAAGGUCUAUAGAAUCCAUUGAUUCAGCUUUGAGUGUUCAUAAUCAUGCAACUGUUUGGAACAAAAAUGAAAAUGAAAAUCAAAUUUCUUCACUUUCUCGACCUCCUUCUGUUCAACCUACAGGACUCAGAAUGCCUUCACCCAAGAUUGGAUUCUUUGAUGGGGGAAAAUCAGGUGUUAGAACUCCAAAUGGAGGUGGCAAUGCCAUACGAUCUCAAACUAGGGUUCCGACAAGCUCAAAUGGUGUUAAUAAAAUUCCACCACCAAAAACAGGUUUUGUGAAACCAAAUCCUCAGAAAACUGGCUCUAAACAACCCUCUCAAGAACAACCAAAAACAAGUUUGAAUCUUUGCUUAAAUCCAACUGAUAAUGAUUCAAACAAAAGCAAAAUGGAGACAUUUGAUAGCUCAAGGACACCAUUUGCUGUGAAGAACUCUGUUUGUGAGGUUAGUGAGAGUGGUUUGACUAUGGAGGUACUUGAAAAGGGUGUUGACUUUUCUUUUGUGGAAAGUCAACAUAAGGAAAAUAGUGAGUUUAUUUGAUGUUUUUUAGGGGUUAUGUUGCAUAGGUGAUUGUUAUUUUGUGUAUUUUGUUAUAACUUGAAUUCUGGUAUGGUGUUUUCUGUUUUGAUGAUGGUGAUUUAAUUACAAUAUUAUACUUUUAAUUUCACCC